UAUUUUUGAUAUUAAAAUUGAUUAUUUAUCAAUAAAUAUUUCUUAUCAUUUUUGUUUUGGUUGUAUGUAGUAUUAUAGUAUAAAGCAAAGAGGCAGAGAUCUCUUAUUUUUCGAUUCUCUCACUCUACAGUUUCCCGAGACAGAGACGCACAAUAGCUAUCCAAAGUUCCCUUGUACUAUAACAACUCUCGCUCUUUCAUCUUCUUCUCCGGUGGCGGCGACGUCUACGGCGGCGAAUCUCCACUCCUCCGGAGUAUUUUUUCAUUUUGAGGAAAUUUGGUUGGAUAUUUAUUAGAUUUUGUCGAUUCUGGAGGUUAUAAAUGGGAAAAGGAGGUGAAGAUUAUGGUAAAAGGGAGAAUUUAGGUGGUAAGAGUGUAUCAGAUAAGGAAGUUUUCCCGGCGUGGUCGAAAGACGUGAAGGAAUGUGAGGAGAAAUUCGAGGUGAAUAGGAAUUGUGGAUUGAGUGAGGAUGAGGUUGUUAAAAGGAGGCAGAUCUACGGUUUUAAUGAAUUGGAGAAGCACGAAGGGCAAUCGAUUUUAAGGUUGAUUUUAGAUCAGUUUAACGAUACGUUAGUUAGGAUUUUGCUUGGUGCUGCGGUGGUUUCAUUUAUUUUGGCUUGGUUAGAUGGAGAAAAAGGUGGUCAAAAGGAGAUCACGGCUUUCGUUGAGCCUUUAGUGAUUUUCUUGAUCUUAAUUGUUAAUGCUGCGGUUGGUGUUUGGCAAGAGAGUAAUGCCGAAAAGGCUUUGGAGGCUUUGAAGGAAAUUCAGUCAGAGACUGCAUGUGUGAUUAGGGAUGGGAAAAGGUUUUCUAGUUUGCCUGCUAAAGAGCUUGUACCGGGGGAUAUUGUUGAGUUGAAAGUCGGAGAUAAAGUACCAGCUGAUAUGAGGGUUUUGAGUUUGAUCAGUUCGACUCUGAGGCUUGAACAGGGAUCGUUGACGGGUGAGAGUGAGGCAGUUAGCAAGACCACUAAAGCUGUACCGGAAGAUGUUGAUAUUCAAGGGAAGAAAUGUAUGGUAUUUGCUGGAACGACUGUGGUGAAUGGAAAUUGUAUUUGUUUGGUUACUGAAAUAGGGAUGGAUACCGAAAUUGGGCAGGUGCACUCACAGAUUCAUGAAGCAUCACAACAAGAGGAAGAUACCCCGUUGAAGAAAAAGCUAAAUGAGUUUGGAGAAGCUUUAACUGCCAUAAUUGGUGUCAUCUGCGUGUUGGUGUGGCUGAUUAACGUGAAAUACUUCCUCACUUGGGAGUUUGUUGAUGGGUGGCCUAGGAAUUUCAAGUUUUCGUUCGAGAAGUGCACUUAUUAUUUUGAAAUUGCAGUGGCAUUGGCAGUUGCUGCGAUUCCAGAAGGUCUGCCUGCAGUUAUUACAACUUGUUUGGCACUUGGCACACGCAAGAUGGCUGCUAAGAAUGCGCUUGUUCGUAAAUUGCCUAGUGUAGAAACUCUUGGUUGUACAACUGUUAUUUGCUCGGACAAAACAGGAACAUUGACCACUAAUCAGAUGGCUGUGUCCAAGCUUGUUGCUAUGGGUGCCAAGCCUAACACAUUGCGAUCCUUCAUUGUUGAAGGGACCACCUAUGAUCCCUUUGAUGGAAAGAUACAAGAUUGGUCAACGGGUCGUAUGGACGCUAACCUCGAAAUGAUAGCGAAAAUUGCGGCUGUCUGCAAUGAUUCUGGAGUUGAAAAAUCUGGUCAGCACUAUGUUGCCAGUGGACUGCCCACUGAAGCAGCACUAAAGGUUCUGGUCGAGAAAAUGGGACUUCCUGAUGGCGUCAAUUCCAUUUCCUCUUCAAGUGACAAAGAUGGCCUCCGUUGCUCUUACACAUGGAACAAAAUUGAAAAGCGUAUUGGUACUCUUGAAUUUGACCGUGAUAGGAAAUCCAUGGGUGUCAUUACUACUUCUACAUCUGGAAGAAAGUCAUUGCUUGUGAAGGGUGCAGUUGAAAAUCUGUUGGAAAGAAGCUCCUAUGUGCAGAUGCAAAAUGGUUCUGUUGUAGAAUUGGAUCGUUCUUCAAGGAAUCAUAUAUUGCAAAGCCUUCAUGAAAUGUCAUCCAAAGCAUUACGUGUCCUGGGUUUUGCAUACAAGGAGGAUCUGCCCGACUUUGCAACCUAUAAUGGUGAUGAAGACCAUCCAGCUCAUGAGCUCCUACUUAAUCCUUCUAAUUAUCCUUCCAUUGAGAGUGAUCUUAUAUUUGUUGGCUUGGCUGGGAUAAGGGAUCCUCCUAGAAAAGAGGUACGACGUGCAAUUGAGGAUUGCAGAGAAGCCGGCAUUCGAGUUAUGGUAAUUACAGGAGAUAACAAGAAUACAGCAGAAGCUAUUUGCCGUGAGAUAGGUGUCUUUGGAAGCCAUGAAGAUAUCAGUUCAAGGAGCUUAACUGGAAAAGAAUUUAUGGAGCUUGCAAACCCCCAAGCACAUAUAGGGCAGAGUGGAGGUCUCCUAUUUUCCAGAGCUGAGCCAAGGCAUAAACAAGAUAUAGUUAGAUUGCUUAAAGACGACGGUGAGGUGGUUGCGAUGACUGGGGAUGGAGUGAAUGAUGCACCUGCUCUAAAAUUGGCUGAUAUUGGAAUUGCAAUGGGAAUCGCUGGAACUGAGGUGGCAAAGGAAGCAUCUGACAUGGUUUUGGCAGAUGAUAAUUUUAGUACAAUUGUAGCUGCUGUUGGUGAAGGCAGGUCCAUUUAUAACAACAUGAAGGCCUUCAUCAGGUACAUGAUCUCCUCAAACAUUGGUGAGGUCGCUUCUAUUUUCCUUACUGCUGCGCUAGGCAUUCCUGAAGGUCUUAUCCCAGUUCAGCUCCUGUGGGUCAACCUGGUCACUGAUGGACCCCCUGCUACAGCAUUGGGAUUUAAUCCACCAGACAAGGAUAUAAUGAAGAAACAACCAAGGAGAAGUGAUGAUUCAUUGAUCAGUGCAUGGAUUUUAUUUCGCUAUCUGGUUAUUGGGUUGUAUGUUGGUGUAGCAACUGUGGGAAUUUUUAUCAUAUGGUUCACCCACGACUCUUUCCUAGGCAUUGAUUUAAGUGGAGAUGGCCACAGUCUUGUCACCUAUUCCCAGCUGUCUAAUUGGGGUGAGUGCAAAACCUGGAAUAAUUUCACCGCCUCACCUUUCACUGCAGGAUCACACGUGAUCAGUUUUGAUAAGCCGUGCGAUUACUUCGUGGAGGGCAAGGUCAAAGCCAUGACCCUUUCCCUGUCUGUAUUGGUUGCAAUUGAAAUGUUCAACUCCCUUAAUGCCCUUUCGGAAGAUGGAAGCCUUUUGACAAUGCCACCAUGGGUCAACCCAUGGCUUCUUUUGGCCAUGUCGGUCUCAUUUGGGUUGCACUUCUUGAUCCUCUACGUGCCUUUCCUUGCUCAAAUAUUUGGUAUCGUUCCACUGAGCCUGAACGAGUGGCUGUUAGUAUUGGCUGUUGCAUUACCAGUCAUAUUGAUUGAUGAGAUUUUGAAGUUCAUUGGAAGGUGCACAAGUGGUAUUCGAACAGGUGCAAGGAGUCCUACAAAGCAGAAGGAAGAGUAGAAGCAAAAAGCACAAAUGGUCAUCCAGUUGGAGCUGCUGUUCAAAACACCAUAAAUUGUGUUGGACAUAUUAUUAACAGAGCUUAUGUUAUUCAUACCCGCAAAUGGGGUUUGAUUAGCCUAUUCUCUUGGUCCUUCCUCUUUAACCCAACCCAAUCGCUGUUAAAUGUCGAGGGUUGGUGUGGACCUUGCCAGAUUUAAUUAGAUUCAUUAGUCAUUUUCUGAUACUCAGAUGAUAGAAUUAGUUUGAUAUUGAUGUUUUUUUCCUCAUGAAUAGUCUUUUCUUUGUCCAACAGGACAAUGAUAGCUAAAUCUGUCCUCCAAUUUCAACUUUGCUA